GUGGCGAGUGCCUGGAGUGAGGCGUUCGGGAUGCAGCGCCCCGGGCCCUUCAGCACCCUCUACGGGCGGGUCCUGGCCCCGCUCCCCGGGCGGGCCGGGGGCGCGGCCUCGGGUGGAGGAGGCGGGAACGGCUGGGGCGUCCCGGGCUCCCACGUGCUGCCUCCUGGGUGUGCCCCGCAGUCUGGCACCUGCGGAGGCCCGGGCGGUGCGAACACCUGCCCCGCUCCGUCCGCGAUGUCGAAGGCGGAGGAGGCCAAGAAGCUGGCGGGUCGCGCCGCCGUGGAGAACCACGUGAAAAAUAAUCAAGUGCUGGGAAUUGGAAGUGGUUCCACAAUUGUCCAUGCUGUGCAGCGAAUAGCUGAAAGGGUGAAACAGGAGAAUCUAAAUCUCGUCUGUAUUCCCACUUCCUUCCAGGCCCGUCAGCUCAUCCUGCAGCAUGGCCUUACUCUUAGUGACCUGGACCGACAUCCAGAGAUCGACCUUGCCAUAGAUGGUGCUGAUGAAGUGGAUGCUGAUCUCAAUCUCAUAAAGGGAGGAGGAGGCUGCCUGACCCAGGAGAAGAUUGUAGCUGGCUAUGCCAGUUGCUUCAUUGUAAUUGCUGAUUUCAGGAAAGAUUCAAAGAACCUUGGGGAUCAGUGGCACAAGGGCAUUCCCAUUGAGGUCAUCCCAAUGGCCUAUGUCCCAGUGAGCCGAGCUGUGACCCAGAAAUUUGGGGGUGUGGUUGAACUUCGAAUGGCCAUCAACAAAGCAGGUCCCGUGGUAACAGAUAAUGGGAAUUUUAUCCUGGAUUGGAAGUUUGACCGGGUGCACAAAUGGAGUGAAGUAAACACAACCAUCAAAAUGAUCCCAGGAGUGGUGGACACAGGCCUCUUCAUCAACAUGGCCGAGCGAGUCUACUUCGGGAUGCAGGACGGCUCCGUGAACAUGAGGGAGAAGCCAUUCUGCUGACCCUGCAGUGUGCUGUGCUUGCUGGAGGUCCCACACGCAGGAGCCUGUGCCUUAAUGUGUCCAUGCUGGGUGGACAGCGAGCAGCAGUGAAGGGGUGGGGGGCCGGGGGCAAGAAAUCCAGUCUUACAAAGUAUUGUUAUUAAAUGUCUUUUUAAAAAGAGAUAUAAACACACAUACAUAUAUAUUUUUAUUAUUAAAAAACUUGUUUUUUUAUAUAUAAGGUAGAACUUGAUUUCAUGUUUUAUAUGAAACAUUUACCAAAAAAUAAAAAAAAGAAGGGCACUGACUUUUAGACUUUUAACUUGAGUUGGCUGGUUAAGCUUCUGAAUAUUGGGGUUUACUGAGAACUGUAAAAUCAAACUUCUUUGAACUGGUGAAUUGAAGAGCCCAGCCAGCAGUGACUCCUCGAUGCCUUACUGGAAAACAUUCAAGCUUAUUUACUUUUCUACUGCACUCUGUUCUGCUGCUUGUUCUCCUCCCAGUCAAGCACAAUACCUAGUUGCAGGAUGAGGUUUACAGAAGUCUGACUAGGAGAGCACAGAGCUGCAGAGUGACUGAGUGUAAACUUGUCAUUGAGAAAAUGUGAUUGUUCUUGUACUAAAACUAGGGGAUGCAUUUUCCCUCAUUGUCAGAAGCAGUUCUCUCCAGAAACAAAUACUUGCCAGUACUACCGAAGUGCUGCUGUGAAAUGUGAAAUAUUUGUCAAUGGUUGUCUUUUUGUUGUUAGAUUUUUGUCCCUUCACUGUUACUUGCAUGGUUUGGCAUCAGAAGUUGUCUCCUCUUUAGAAAGUGUUUGGUGACUGAAAUAAAGCAGUAAUGUGCCAUUGGA